GAAGUUGGAUUGCUCUCCGGAUUUGCGUGCGUCGUUCCGUUUUGUCAGUUAUUUUGAAAAUUAAGGGAACUGGUAGACAGGAAAAAAAUUAAAGUUGGAAGGCAGUGGAUCAGGGUGUGUUACGGUUAAAUAGGAUGCGGAAAGUGCAAAUAGAAUGAGUAUUCAGGGUAAUAUGGGCAUAUUGUUUGUGAAGUAGCACCGACAGUGGGGGAUUAUCUAAAAUUACAGUGGAGUUUUCAGUAGAUGAUUUAAUUGUGGUGAGAUUUGAGGGUGUUGUUGUUUACAAGAGGCUGAUCUACUGUUUAAUGCGAAGUGAUAUCUUUGUGGGGUGUGCUUUGGAGUGGUUACGAGAUGAAUUUUCACAUGAUUUCUGGAUAGAUUUGGCUGUACUUUAAAUUAUCGGGUUGAUCUAGGAUAUGAAUCUGCACUGCAAAGUUUCGAAUUCUGGGAAGCAGCUCGAAGGUUCUGAUCAUCAAACAUUAACUUCAGAGCGUCUGCACUGAAGUACAACGUCGUUAAGGGAGAAUAUUGGAUACGCUCCUGAAAAAACAACUACAGUGAAAUUUUAUUUUGAUCCCAUGUGGAAGGACUUAUCAUCAUGACAACGUUAUUUCGCGGAAUCAUUUAUAUGUUCGCUUUUGGCUGUUUAUUCAUGGUCACAUCCAUUAACAGCCUAUCCCUACCGAUAUUUGCUUACGGCGAGGACGAGAUACUAAUUGGAUUAUCCGAAUGCCCCAUUGGGUACUUCCAUUGUCUGAAUGAUACAAAAUGUAUAUUACAAAAAUUGAACUGUGAUGGUCAAGUAGACUGUGAUGAUAAUUCCGACGAAAUGAACUGCGAAGAUGAGCACAAUUCCCAGUAUUACGACGAUUUACAUCGCAAACAACCACAUGGAUUAUUCGAUAACACUCCAAAAGGACGAUGUUUUUGGAAACAGGAGAACUAUUCGUGCGACUGUCGGGGCACACAAUUCUUGUGCCGAUUCAAGCAAUUAACAGAGCUCCCUCUAAAUCUUCCACUUUUUGAUAUUAGUAUGUUAGAUUUAACAGGAAAUUCGUUUCCAGUAUUGACGAGGAGUACACUACGUAAUUUGCCUCAAGUUGAGAUGCUAGUUCUUAAGUUUUGUAAUAUUUCGGAAAUUCAGCCUUUUGCGUUCGAAAGUAUUCGAGAUGCUCAGCUUUUAGAAUUAUAUCUGGACGAGAACAAUAUUGAGAGGCUUCCUCCUAAUAUGUUUCCAGCCAACAACGAAUUAGAAGUCCUGAUACUUUCCGGGAAUAAGAUCAGCGAAUUGCAUUCAUAUGACUUUGAAAACUUGGAAUAUCUGACUGAAUUAGAUUUGCGUCGCAACAGGAUAUCGACAUUUUCCGAGGACGUAUUCAAACCGCUCGCCAACCUAUCGAUACUACAUUUGAAUGAGAACCAGAUACAGAAGAUUGAACCCGGCAUGUUUCCACCGAUGAACUUGUUGGAAACAUUAUCCUUGGCCCAGAAUGAGAUUUGGACAGUUGAUAAGGAUUCGUUCAACUUUAUUAAUUUAAGGCAUCUAUAUUUAUCAGGAAAUCGCCUGUAUGAGGUGCACAAUGACACAUUCCAAGGAGUUCCUCGACUCGAAGGGUUGAAUUUGGACGACAAUAAAAUCUACCACUUCGAACUGGAAGCAUUUAGAGGGGUUGAAAAUUUAACAUCACUUCUAUUGAAGGGAAAUCGAUUUGAAACGCUCGAUCCGAGAGUUUUGCAGAAUUUGCAGAAUCUGAAGUAUAUUUACUUCUCGUCCUUUCAUUUAUGCCGGGCAGCUCUCCAUGUUCGAGUUUGCGAGCCGAAAGGAGACGGAAUUAGUAGUAAGCAUCACCUGCUGGAUAAUACCGUCCUUAGGGGAAGCGUCUGGGUAAUGGCGUCUAUUGCAGUCGCGGGAAAUUUGAUAGUAAUUUUUGGGCGUUAUUUUCAUAAUUCUCGCAGCCAUGUAGAACAUUCACUGUACCUUCGACAUCUUGCCAUCAGCGAUCUACUUAUGGGAAUCUACUUAACGAUAAUAGCGUGUGCGGAUAUUGCCUUCCGUGGCGAAUAUAUCAUGCAUGAGGCAGCCUGGCGGGCGAGUAUAUCCUGUUCAAUAUGUGGAUUCCUAAGUACACUAAGUUGCCAGUCAUCAACUCUGCUGUUAACGCUCGUCACAUAUGACCGACUGAUAUCCGUCAUACGACCCCUUCAAGUCCGGACAGCUAGCAAAACAGUCGUUAUACUCCGAUUAGCCUUUCUGUGGGGAUGUUCGUUUGCUGCUGCAGCCGCUCCACUCACAGCCGCCCCGUACUUUGGAGCACACUUUUAUGGUAGCAACGGUGUCUGCUUGUCCUUGCACAUUCACGACCCUUAUGCCAGGGGAUGGGAAUAUUCUGCAGCGAUGUAUAUUUUCAUCAAUAUGAUUUCAUUAGUUUUUAUAAUCAUUUCCUAUUUGAGAAUGCUGCAGGCAAUUCGAGGUUCCGGUGAAGCGAUGCGGAGUACGUUAAGAGGCCGAGAAAACGUAGUGGCGAGGAGGUUUGCGAUAAUUGUUGCGACUGAUUGUGCAUGCUGGUUGCCAGUAAUUAUUGUCAAACUGGUCGCCCUUGGAGGAAUCAAAAUCUCACCAUCACUCUAUGCGUGGCUCGCGGUUCUAGUGCUUCCAGUAAAUUCAGCCUUGAAUCCAGUCCUCUACACGCUGACAACAGCUUCGUUCAAGCAACAAGUGAAAAAGUAUUUUCACAAGUUUCCUUGCGGAGCCAUAGUUGAACCCAGGUCACAAACCGGAUAUGAGUCAGCGUUGAGCAUAAGUUUGGGUCAUGCCCCGACUAACUCGGGACGCAAACGUCUUCUACAGAAGAAUGUUAGCUACGUAUAAGACUUUUCCGGAACGCAACACGCAAAGCGGGAGCAAGUUCAGUCUGCGAAUGAGCUUCUCCGUAGGCAGCAACCGGAAAAAGUUCCACGAAAAGCGCCCAACCGGGGCUGCCAAGCUAUAAUACAUCGAAAGAUAAACAGACUUGAUUUCGUUCUGCUUUUUAUCUUGGCGGAAGGAAUUUCUAAAAGAUUGUGAUAAUAAAAUGAACAACAAAAACAUUUUUUUUCUCGCUUCAAGUUUUUACGUCUAGUCAAUUUUAUUGAAGUUAUUUGAAAAUGUUAA